AUGAGAGAAGUGCGAUCGUUGGACGCGUGGGUGGAGGAGAAUUUGGAGGCCGCGUAUCAAAAGCAGGCUACUUAUUAUAAUCGGCAUAGGCGGAAUCGUGUUUUUAGUGUUGGCGACCUAGUGUGGAGACGGCGGAACACGCUGUCGUCUGCAGCUCAGGGGAUAGCUGCAAAAUUGGCACCAAAAUUUCAGGGACCUUUUAGAAUUACUUGUGUUGUGUCGUCGUUAGUGUAUGAACUUGUCGCUCUUGAUGGAACUGCUGCAGGAAGGGUCCACGUCAAGGACUUGAAACCGUAUAUCGCCCCGGAUUAG